AUGGCUCUCCUUUGGCAGCUGCCCCAAAGGCUGCUCCUGCUGGGGACAACUGCCUUGGCUGUGUCUGCCAUUGGGACAGCGGACCUGACAGACCUGUGCGGACAGACGUGGCAGGGGGACGCGCUGCAGCUACGCUCUCACUCGGCUUCGAGAAAGUUCUACUUCGUGACUCCGGACACUGACUGCAUGCUGUGGCUGCGUGCCAAGGCCCCCGAAGACAGGAUGCGCUUCCAGUUCCGCUUCUUCCUGGUUUACAGCCUGUCCUCCGCCAUCCGGACCACCGCAGCCGCCAGAGCCGCCGGGGCCACCCUGGUCCCCUCCACUUCCUCUCCCGACCCGUGCGCAUCGGGUUCCUAUCUGCAGUUCUACGACGGCCCGCAGGGGGCGCCCCAGGCCCUGGGACCCCCGACCUGCGGUCUGACCAUCCCUGCACCCUUCAUGUCUUCAGGACCCUGGCUUGGCCUGCGCUUGGUCACCAGGGGCCGCCAACCCCGUGUGGACUUUUUGGGCGAGGUCACCUCUUUCCGUCUGGGGUCCUGUGGCACCUACUUCCGCUGUCGGAACGGCAGGUGUGUGCCCCGGAGCCUGCUGUGUGAUGACCGGGACAUGGACAACUGUGGGGACGGCAGUGACCAGGACUCCAACCCCCCAGCCAGCUGCAGGGGUCCCUCUGUGGUACCCCAGCAGACCUGGAGGACAGAAGACGAGAGUUCCAAGCCUCUGACUGGCCUUGUGGCUCUCAGCUCCAAGGCUGAGCAAACCUCUCCAGCCGGCCUGGCCCCCAUCACACAAGAAGCGUUAGAAGGUCCCUGGCUCUGGUGGGUGGCUCUGGCCUCCUCGAUACUCUUGAUCUCCACUGGCCUCCUCUGGUGCUGCUGCUGCUGUCCAGGUUGGCUGAUCUGGCACCCUGCUGUCCACAGGCUCCCCGUCAGACGCUGCGCAGCCUGCAAUGCUUGCCACCUCUGUCCUGGCCGGGUGGCUCCUCGGGGUCUGUGGCUGAGCUGACCAGCCUUCCAGAACCAGGGAGGCCAGCCUUGCGGGGGUGGGUUAGGUGAGUUAUCAGUUGAGAAGGCUCUGAGGUUUGACAGGCCUGGGUUUUAAAGCUCUCUUCCUUGGCUGACUUAGAACAGGUCACUCAGUCCUUUGAGCCUCAGUCUGCCUCUCUGGGAAAUGGGCCAAGACUUGUUUCGGAAAGCAGAAGGAUCAGGCAUGAUGAUCCUGAACAAUUCAUUUAUUGUUCAGCUUCCCUGCUGGGCCUUGCGCUGAGUGAAUCAUUUUCAAAAACCAAAGUUGGCUGCAUUUGAAAAGAAAAUACUGAGGCAGACUGACUCUACACACUGUGUACAUGAACAGUGAGGCCCAGGCUGGUAAAUAACAGAUAGACUAAACAUCUCCACCUAUGGACAGAUUAAAGCAGAGCACAGGGACACAGAGUCUGCAUAGGGCAGGGGACACAGCUCAGCAGAGUCCUUUGCCUAGCCUUUGAAGAGCCCUGGGUUCCAUCCCUACCCAAUGCGUCAUAAUCAGUCAAGGUCAUUCUUGGCAACAUGGUAAGUGCAAAGUCAGCUUGGGCUACGUGAGACAAUGGCUAAUAACAACCCCAAAGGACAAACACCAUAAAAGCAAAAAAUAACAAGAAAAAAACCCGACAAUGAGAGCAUUGGAAAGAUGACAGCUCAGUGGUUAAGAGGAUUUCGGUUUUUGUUUUGUUUUGUUGGUUUUUUUGAGACAGGGUUUCUCUGUGCAGCCCUGGCUGUCCUGGAACUCACUCUGUAGACCAGGCUGGCCUCAACCUCGAGGGGAUCUACCUGCCUCUGCCCCCCCUGAGUGCUGGGAUUAAAGGCGUGUGCCACCCACUGCUCUAGAGUCAGUAGUUAAGAGCAAUUGUUGCUCCUGCAGAGCAGGAGCUUUUUCUGUCACCCACAUGCAGCUCAAGCAUCUGCAACUCCAGUCCUGGAGAAUCGUACACCCUCUUCUGGCCUUCUUGGGCAUUUGUACUGGGCAUGCAUGGGGUAUACAUAUAUUAAGUGCAGAUAAAACACAUACAAAUAACAUAAGUAAAUCUUAAAAAAAAACAUUUUUUAAA